AAUUCAAAAUGAAUCGUUUAUUAUUCGGUGUGGUCGCCUUGAUCGCUUGCACUAUGUGCAAUGCCUCACCUGAUUUGGAAUUCCCAUUCGGUCGCAUUGUGAAUGGAAAGAACGCCACCAUUGAGGAUCAUCCGUAUCAGGUGUCCAUUCAAACCAUUAGAGGUUCACAUUUCUGUGGCGGCAGUUUGAUCGAUUCACAAACUGUUGUCACCGCUGCCCAUUGUAUGCAGUCAUACAAGUCUUCCGAGAUGCAAAUCCGCCUUGGUUCGACUUACCGCAACGAGGGUGGCGAGGUGGUCAGUGUAGGAUCCUUCAAAUACCAUGAGAACUACAACAGCUCCGAAAUGACCAAUGACGUGGCAGUGAUCAGAUUGUCGUCACCAGUUCGUCAGACAGCUAAAAUCCGUGCUAUCGAACUGGCCGAUGAGACACCUGCAUCAGGCACUCCCGCUGUGGUCUCCGGUUGGGGUACUACGUGCUUCUUGCUGUGCUCCUCGCCCAACUACCUCUUGGAUGUAGAGGUUUCUCUUCUUCAGCAUCCGGAUUGUGGUUCAGAUACUUAUAAUUAUGGUGAUUCCAUUAAGCCCACCAUGGUGUGUGCUCGUGGUGAAAGCGCAGAUGCCUGCCAAGGAGAUUCUGGCGGUCCAUUGGUUGCCGAUAGCAAGUUGGUUGGUGUUGUUUCCUGGGGCAGCGGUUGUGCUUGGACUAACUAUCCGGGUGUCUAUGCUGAAGUUGCUUCACUCAAAUCAUGGAUUUUGAACACCGCUGAGGAAUUAAAAAGUCAAUAAAACAAAUAUCUGAAAAGUUGAUUGACAGUUUUAACCUUUGUUGAUCGUAUAAGCAAAUAAAUCCGCGAUUGAAAUUGACCACUGAA